AUGGCCGAACUCCCCACCCUCCAAAAAAAAAAGCGGUACGCCCUUGUAGGUACGGGAGGUCGCUCCAUCUUCUUCUACACGGCGAUAGCCAAAGACUACUACUCCACCUCGGAGAUCGUAGGCUUCUGCGACACGAACCAAACGCGCCUCAACUACGCCAACUCGAAGCUCGAGUCGCUUGGCCACGGCGCUGUGCCCACCUUCCUCGCCUCUGACUUUGACACCAUGAUCCAGUCCACCAAGCCCGACGAGGUUAUCGUGACAACCAUGGACCGCACGCACAAUAAGUACAUCGUGCGCGCGCUCGAGCUAGGCUGCAACGUCAUCACUGAGAAGCCCAUGACCAUCGACGCGCCGCGUUGCACAGAUAUCUUCGACGCCGUGGAGCGAAGGCGGAAGAAGGUGAGGGUCACGUUCAAUUACCGGUACGCGCCACACAACACCAAGGUGUUCGAGCUGUUGAAAUCGGGCGCCAUCGGCACCGUGACGUCCGUCCAUUUCGAGUGGAUGCUCAACACGUCCCACGGCGCUGAUUAUUUCCGCCGCUGGCACCGCGACAAGCGGAACAGUGGUGGGCUGCUUGUCCAUAAAAGCACCCAUCACUUUGAUCUCGUCAAUUUCUGGCUGCAGACUCGGCCCCAGACCGUGUACGCCCAGGGCGACCUUAAGUUCUAUGGCAGAGAGAACGCGGAGAAAAGGGGCGAGACGAGGUUCUACACUCGCGCUCAGGGAAGUGAGGUCGCCAAGAACGACCCGUUUGCGCUGCAUAUGGAGAAUCAUGAACAGCUCAAGGCCAUGUAUCUUGACGCCGAGCACGAGGAUGCGUAUUAUCGUGACCAGAGCGUGUUUGGGGACGGCAUCAGUAUCGAGGAUACCAUGAACUUGCUCGUCAGAUACCGGAACGGGGCCGUCAUGACGUAUUCUCUCACUGCCUACGCCCCGUGGGAAGGGUUCCGGGUGAGUUUCAACGGCACAGGUGGCCGUCUGGAGCUUGAGGUAGUGGAGAACAGCUAUGUGAACUCUGGAGGCGACCAGGCGAAGGAAGGGUCGAUUGAGAAGACGACGCUUCUUCUCAGGCCGUUAUUGCAGAAGCCGCAGGAUAUUGAGAUUCCCGAGGGCGUUGGUGCUCACGGCGGCGGUGACACGGUACUGCUGAAUGACUUGUUCGGUGAGCCUGUAUCGGAUGAGUAUAUGCGUGCGGCGAGCCAUGUAGAUGGAGCACUGUCGAUCUUGACAGGCAUUGCGGCCAACAAGUCCAUUGCCACUGGCCAAGUGGUCAACGUUGAUGAUGUUUUGAGGAUACCGUAA